UUUAGGGUCCUUUGAUUGUUGAUGUACACAAAAGAGCUUCUCUACCACAAAUCCUUAACUUGCCCAGGCGAUAGUGGCGAUGAUACGUCGAAUGUUACACAGAGAUGGGGGGCGAGGACGAGGUUCUGCCAAUGGAAGGUGUGUUUAGAUGUUUUAGUCCAUUUUCUUCCUACUUAUAAAGCACAGUAUCGUUUCAUUUCCUCUAGAUCACUUUAGCGUGUUAACCAGAUCACCGGCAUUGUCUGAUAUGCAACACAGUGUUAGUACCACAUCUUACCGUCAACGUGAACAAGGACCCGUGCAAGCCAAUGGCUCUAGGGCGCACGUGACUGGAUGCGGUACAGAUCGCCUCCAGGGGAAUAUGAGCACCAACAGUGUUUACCUCAAGGGCACGCACGGGUUGAGUAGACAGGCAUUGCAGUACAGCGGCCCCAGUCCUUUGAGCCGUCCCCACGUUCAGGCGUCAACCCAUGGCUUUACAGGCAGUCAUAGCAGAGAUGGUUUCACAGACUUGAAGACAGCUCCAAAGGGUGGUCAGGGCGUGAAGCCUGACGACUGUGGUCAUUUCGGCGUGCAAGCACAGCAGUACAUGGGUGGCCAUUUUACUGGUCCAAGCUCACGCCAUGUUGGACAGCAGCAGCAGCAGCAGCAGCAGUAUCAUGAUGGAGCCUGUGAGGACGUUCCACGUCCAUACCGGUUCCCCCCAGGGUUUGAUCCAAGGGGAACGCCAAACAUGUCUCACAGGGAGAAGGUGGACAAGUGGUUAUCUGACGUUCCUAUGUAUCUCACAACAGUGACGAAUCACAGCCAAUUCGCAAAGCUCGGGAACGAGGUUGAGAGCUCCUCUGGCACUACUGGUUGUGUGUCGAUUUGGCGAAACGAGUGCUAUCAAGGUAUUGUUGAAACGUCGAGCACAGUAUCAAACGACGAUGGCAAUCUAUCAACAUCUCUUGAUGAAGAUAUGAGGUACGAGUAUGAUGACCAGUCGUGCUGCUGGCCACUUGUGAUGAAUGAUAACAGUAGUUUCAACAUUGGAACUAGUGUCGGUCUGCUGUGCACGGGAUUCAAGUUUGGGCUCUUUGUAGACCAUGAUGAUGUCCUAGAGUACCAGUCUAGGAAAAUAACGAGGUAUGUCAAGAAACUAUACAGACAAGACCAUUCUGAGACUGUUAUGAAGUUGAACCAAGUCAGCAUGGAAUACACUGGGAAUGAAACCGGUAGAAGUCAAAGCAACAUGCCACUGAACGAGUCAGGCACUGGGGUUUAUUCGGCUCAUGACGACAUGGAUGAAGACGAGUACUAUGACUUGUGCAACGUCAAUCUCAUGACAAUACCGGCUCUUCCAAGGCGCAAAAGGCGUUAUUUAUAGUGAUGCCAGGCCCAUCUCGUCUAUCAUCAUCGUAUACUUUGGAUCAGUCGUUGAGUAUGCAUUGCCCAUUCU